AUGGUCAACUCGUACUGCGACUACUUUGCCUCGGUCGGGUUUCCGGACGUGCUGGAGCUGGGCCUGCGCGUCGUCAGCCUGGGCAAGUCGAGCGUCGUCUAUGAAGUUGGCGUGUUCAGGGAGGGCGAGGAGGCUGUCAAGGUCGUCGGGGGGUAUAUGCAUGUGUGGCUGGAUCGGGAGACGUGGAGGCCGGCGCCGGGGGGAAUGGAGGAUCGGGUGCGACGGGGGUUGCAGAGGUUGGUGAAGGAGGAGGGGAAGGCGAAGCUGUAG